CAUGCAGAUGGAAUAUGUAUGUCAUUUCUUUAAUUUUUGAAAUGUCUUUACAGCUGUAAAAGUUCCUGAUUUAUAUAGAUUUAUUUUUGGAUUGGCACUGCAGUGUAUAUAGCAAAUAUUAUUUAUACUGAGAGCACAUAAAUGAAAUUGAAAAUCUAUUUUUUUCCCCCCAGAUAUGACAACAUGACAAACAAGUACUAUGCUUUAAGAGUCAUGAGUCAUGUGCAUCAAGGAGCAUGCAGGCGCGAAUGGGAGGAGUUUGUUGCCCGUCCAUCAGCUGAGCAGAGCCUUGAAGUUGGUGCAAUCCUGAUGGCUCGUUGGUUUCAGCCACACGCUGACAUUAGCAUAAAACAGAUGACCAAUGUGAUUGACGAUAUAGCUGAGCAGUGCCGCGAACAGCUGCGAAUUAACCACCCUGAUCAUCCAGCCCUCUCUGUGCCCUUAACACCCCCUGGAGAAGUCCUAACGGAAUCGCGCUGGUCCUAUGAGAAGACAAUGCAGCUGUUUAAGUGUAUUAAUCACAUCCUUUAUUAUCAAAUGAAAAUGACUGGUAACAGUGAAGAUUAUUAUAAUCUCAAGAAUUCAUUAAUAAAUGAAGUGCUCACUUCCAAGAAAGGUAUACCGAUCUCACUAAGCAUUAUAUAUAUGGCUGUAUGCCACCGCCUCGGCAUAUUGCUCGAACCUGUAAACUACCCAUCACACUUUGUCAUGAAAUGGAAGAUGCCCAGUGUAGAUGAUUAUGAAUACAUAGAUGCAUUCAACAAAGGAAGGCGGCUAACAGGACGAGAAUUGUUAAAGGAACUUCCUCUUGGGUCUGUAUGCGACCAAGUACUUCUUACAACCUGUGAUGCAAUGUCAGUCUUCCAACGCAUGAUCAGGAACAUCAUGAACGUGGCGCAGAUGCAGGCUCAUGUUUCCGACCACAUGGAGUUGUUCUGCUCAGCCACGGAACUCAUGAGCCUUCUUACUCCUAAUGAUCGCAGCAUCCAAGAACUGUUGCUAAGAAUAUACUACACUUUAGAAAUACACUACGACCGCAUCGUGGCUGGAUGUCAUCGCUUACUGACCCAAGGACCUUCAACAAUAAUAGAGGAGAUGCUUGCAGACUGCGAGCGCAUUCUGGAAAGCCAGAAGGUUGUGCUGAGACCCAUUAGCCCUAAUCCAAGAUACAGAGAAGUUUCCUUUGCCAUUGGAAUGGUUAUGCAGCACAAGCGUUACCACUACACAUGCGUGAUCUUUGGCUGGGACAGGGAGUGCCGGAUGCCAUCUGACUGGGUGCAGCGAAUGGGGGUCUAUAAUCUCCUGUAUAAGACGAAACAGCCAUUUUACAAUGUACUGGUGUAUGAUGGCUCACACAGAUAUGCUGCACAAGAGAAUUUGGAAAUUGCACCAGAUCCCAGACCCAUAACGCACUCAGAUGUUGGCAAAUAUUUCAAGAAGUUCAACGGAACGCACUACAUACCCAACACAGAACUCGAGCAAGAGUAUCCAGAAGACGAACCUGUUAGAAAUGAACUGCUUCUAACUCGGGGAUGGUUAUAGCAUUAUAAUGAUAUCUUGCUACAGAGCAUUUGUUGGGAUUAACUCAUUAAUGCCAAUGUGGAUGUAUGCAUGCAUUAUUGAUGGUGUUUUUUUAUUUUUUUUAAAUUUUUACUGAAACAUAGAUGGUCCAGAAGCACUUAGUGACAACUUGACCACAGUAAUUACCUUUCCUUGAAUUUUUUUGAAGGGAGAUUCUUAUAUAUAGUACUAUUAUUAUUGUUAAUGCUGUUAUAAUGACAGUGAUGAUAACAAUAGUGUUCACAGCAAUAAUGAUAAUAAUAACAAUAAAAUUUCAAGGAGUAGAGGAAACAGGCAAGAUCAGAUAGGCAUAGUAGUUGACUCCUUGAUGACUAAAAACGUAUGAAGCCAUCUAUGGAUAUUCAAAAUUGAUAAAAAAAUAAAUAAAAAAACACUGUGGAUAGUGCAUGUACCUGUUGCCAGUAAGUUAAAAAUAAGUUUUGUUUGUAACACAAACAAAUAUGUCUGUGUACGAUUUAUCCCUCAGUCCAAAGAGAGUUUUAUUGUAUCUUUUGUCACGAAGUCCAAAUAUUAAGGUUCUUUUAUAAGCAUUUAAAGUGUCCUCAGAAUACUGCCAUUAUCAAUGAAAGUAUCUCAUGUGAAUUGAAUAUGUUCUUUUUUAUGUUGUUGUCUUUAGAAAACAACAUAGAGACCUUAUUUCUUACCUUCUCAUGUGUCUCACUGAUCCUCAUAAUAUAUACGACUGUAACUCAGGAAAAUUCAUUAGCAAUCGCUGUUAAUGCAAUAGUUACAGAGAAUGUAGAAAAAUAUGUGCAAAUCUGUCUAAGUGAGUGAAUUAAGUAAGCAUGUCUAUGUGUAUGGGUGUGGAAGCGAACACAGAAUUUUUUUUUUUUUUUUUCUUUUUUUUUCUUUUUAUCAUGAUAUUUACAAAAACAUAAAGCCAUAGAUUAAAUAAGUUUUCUGUUAAUGGUACCCUCAGUUUUCUUUAUUGACAAAAACUGUAAUAUAUGUCUAAGUUAUAUAUCAAAGUAGUGUAAAUUAAUGUGAACUAUAUUUAAUAUUCCCAGAAUAUAAUAGAUUAUUUAACAUUUCUUUGUGUAUUUUGUGAAUUUAGAUUGUUUGCAUUUAAAUUUUUUUGUUUAGUGUGUUUUAUCCCCCUUUUAUUCUAUAUUCUUCGCACUCUAAAAAUAAUUAUAUUAAUCUUAAUAUCGUGUGAACAAUAUCUUGGAUAUUCUUUGUAAUAAAUGAGCUAAGAGUACUGUUAAAAUAAUGCUUCUUAGAAUUCAUUAAUCUAGGCCUGAAAGAUUUUGUAUAUAGGAUUAAAAACAGUAAUAAACUUAACAGUUCUUGUUAACUAAGUCAUAUGAAAAUAUAUUUAGUUCUUGUUUUUUACUAGAAACCCACAAACUGAAACUGAAUAGAGCAUUUUGAGUUCAGAUAUGUCAAAGGCAGUGACCUGUAAUGUAAUAAAUUAUUGUUGAUUUAAU